GUUUUGGAGAAGGAAGUGAAAGGGGAAGAGAGAAGCUGGGAAGCAGGUAGUCAGGCAGGCAAGCCUUCAAACAAAGUGCCAAAUUUAUACACCGCCCGUUCUUAGUCCUCCAGUUUACGAGGCUGUUUUUGGGGGGAGUUCGCGUUAAAGGCAACCCAUUUUAUUGGAUUUUGAAACGAGACAUUGAAAGAUUGAAGCUAGCUGACGAGUGGACUACCAGCUAGCCAGCCAGCUAACUAACUAACGUAACGCCUAGUUAGCUUGUGACGCUCGCUGUCCUCAACAUUAACGGCAAAAGUCAGCCCGGCAGGUUGGUCCCGGUGCCGUCAACAAGUCCCUGUUUCGCUGAGGAACAAACUGAGACUUUGGAAAAAUGACAUCCAGGAAGAAAGUGCUUUUGAAAGUCAUCAUCCUGGGAGAUUCUGGUGUCGGAAAGACGUCCUUAAUGAACCAGUACGUGAACAAGAAGUUUAGCAACCAGUACAAAGCAACAAUAGGCGCUGAUUUCCUGACCAAGGAGGUGAUGGUGGACGACCGGCUCGUUACAAUGCAGAUAUGGGACACAGCCGGACAGGAGAGGUUCCAGUCCUUGGGCGUUGCGUUCUACCGAGGAGCAGACUGCUGUGUGCUGGUGUUUGAUGUGACUGCGCCCAAUACAUUCAAGACCCUGGACAGCUGGAGAGAUGAGUUCCUGAUCCAGGCCAGCCCCCGAGAUCCUGAGAACUUUCCGUUUGUGGUGCUAGGCAACAAGAUUGAUUUGGAGAAUAGACAGGUAACCACCAAACGGGCUCAGGCUUGGUGUCAGAGUAAAAACAACAUCCCCUACUUUGAGACCAGUGCCAAAGAAGCCAUAAAUGUAGAACAGGCAUUCCAGACAAUUGCACGUAACGCCCUCAAACAGGAGACAGAGGUGGAGUUGUAUAAUGAAUUCCCAGAGCCCAUAAAACUGGAUAGGAACGACAGAGCUAAAGCUUCAGCAGAAAGCUGCAGCUGCUGAAGGACAACUUGGACCAUCUUCUGUCUUGGCUCUCUGAACAACCCUGUCACCGGUUACAUCACCUGCACCUUCUCUCCAAGGGAAUGGACUUCCCUACUGGUCUUCCUCCAUCACACCACUGUUCAUUCCAUCAACACAACCCUUCACAAAUUACGCUGCACAUGGAUGUAGCCCACCUGCACUUAAUACACAAAUUAAUACCCUAGCGUACUAUUGUAAAAAAAACAAAAAACACACGUUAACAGAUCUAAUGCCCAAAGAUCACACAAUAAAAGAAUGACACCCUUUCUGAUCACACGGUCCUUGACUUGAUGGCGAGUUAUCUCCGGUCCUGCCCACCAAAGUGGUCUGACUGUGGCUCUGAUUGUCGCACUGUGGGGACACUGAGAUGGAGCCAUGUUCAAAGAGUGCAAUUUGGAUCUGUGGAUGGACUGGACUGGCUGAUGCUCUGUAAUGUGAGGCGAUGUUGGCUAAUGUCAGCAUUCCACGAAUAUUCUCGCGUUCACUUUUCUGUUGUUUUCCGUUGCCUUUCUCUCAAGAACUAAUCCAGUUGAACUCUCUCUUUAUUUGUGUUUAUGUAUAUAUAUUUUCUUCUUCUCAAUUGGUUGUUGUUUCUUAAGCCAAUCCUUUUUUCUAUUUCUUUUCUACAUUUUUGCCUCUUUUUAUUUUUUUGUGUUACAGCGGGAUGACUGACUUUGGGCAAUGUCUGCUACUACAUCUUGAGGUGACCUUCAAAUAAAAAAAAAAAAACGCCCUUGCUUCUUUUUCCAUGUGAAAUAUAACCUCAGAAUCUGUCAGUUUGGUGACUGUAUUGCCUUUUCCCUUCAAGGUUGUGUGUUAACUGCCUCACAAUGCAGAUGAAAAGUUCCUAAAAGGACAUAAAGUAGAAGCUGAUGAUGCAGUCAUGGUAUAAAACAUGGAUUAAUUCUUAAUAUAUUAAUAUUUGCCUUUAUGUAACAUUACUUGUACCGCUACUAUUAAUGCUAUAUGUGUUGCGUCUUUCAUCAUACAUCUUUCAAUGCUAUGGAACUAUAGUAUGUGUCAUCAACACAACAUACUGUACAUCUGUCUGCCUUCUGUCAUGUCUUUAUUAUUGCUGUUCCCUCUAUCUGCUUGUAGCUCAGGUUGGCUAAGUACUUAAUAUUUUUAAUAGUGUAUUACGGUGUAUAGACAAUAAAGGUAAAACGCUGAUUGAUUGAUUGAACGGAAAUCAAUGUUCUCUCUUUGCAUUUAAACAUCCAACUUUUUGCCCUGGUAUUACGCCUCCUUAUAGACGAAAAUCACUGCGAUGGCCAAUGAUGUUAUCAAACUAAAUUGGGAUGUCAAAUAAAACUCUUGAAUACA